AUGAAAAAAUCCCAAAAAUUCCAAGUUAAAAAAAGUCGGUAUUUUCGGUAUCCGUAUAUACCGGAAGAAGAAAUACAAAGUAGAACCCGCGAAUUGGAUGUUGAACGAGAGAAUUUGACGCAAAAUGAACAACUUGUGACAGAAUUAGAAAAUCAAAAACAAGGAUUAGAAACAGAAAAACAACAAUUAGCAAGAAUCUGGCAACAAUUAGAUGAUCAACGAGUUGAUUAUCUAAACGAAUUGUAUAAUGUUAAAUUAAAAUUAACCGCUGUUGAAGAUUCACUAAAAAACAUUCAAUUAAAAAUAAGCAAUUGCGAAGAUCAACACCGUUUACAAAAUGCACAACUUGAAUACUUAAGAGGCACAUGUCAAGAGCUCGAAAAUGACUUAGCGAAGAAAAAUGAUGAAUGUGAAAGUUUACAUCAACGUAAAGAGGAAUCGGCGAAAGAAUUACAACAAGCUGAACAAUUAUUAACUCAAUUAAAACAACAAGAGCGCGAAUUAGCUAACAUGAACGGAAUAUCGCCGAAGAACAACACGGAAAAAAGUACAUUGGAUAGCUUAACUACUCGACUUCGAGACACAAUAGGAGAACGUCGAAAAUUAGAAACUGAAGUGAAAAAUACACAAAGUAAAAUACAAGAUGUUCAAGCAAAAAUCACUGCUAUCAACGGUGAAUUUGAAAGACAUAAACAAGAUUUAGUUAUAAACAAAGCUCAAAAACAUGUUUUAUUGACAAAUAUACAAACAAUCGAGACAAACAGCAUCCGUCAUCAACGCACAAUGACUAAACAUCAAGAAGCUAUGAAUGCUAAUCGAACGACUUUGAUCAGAAAAACCAAUGAACUGCAACAAAAACAAAACACUGUCGUACUCGUAAAACGAAAAAUUCAAUCAUUGAAACAAUCGAUUGGCGAGAAAGAAAAUAUUGAGAAAGCCAAAUUGCGAGUGAUAGCCAAUGAAGAAAAUUUACUUGAAGCUAGUAGGGAAAAUGUCCAAGAAUUAACAGAAGAAAUUGCUGCUAAACGGGAUAUAUUAGAAUCCAAAAAUCAACAGUAUGUAUCGAACAACGCUGAAUUAAGUCGAAUUACAGACAAUAUUCAUGAUUUACAAGAAGAAAAAAAUACCUGUGAACAGGAGAAAUAA